GGCCAGGCGGCAUGCUGCGCUGGGGGCUCGCUCUGCGCCCGCGGGGGGGGACGCGGACCCCGGGGGGGGUCCCGGGGGGGUCCCCGGGCCGCCCCUUCCGCACCGCCGCCCCCCUCUGCUCCGACAUCUUCCGCGAGCUGGGACAGAGCCUGGAGCGCCUGGGGCAGACUCUGAAGGCUCAAGUGCCGGCGUUGGGGGGUACGGAGGGGGGCUGGACCCCCCCGGGGACCCCCCCGGGCCCCCGGCCCCCCGAGGAAGCCGACGUGGUGGUGUGGGUGGGGGGCGGCGUGGUGGGCUGGUCGGUGGCCUACUGGCUGAAGGCGCUGGAGGGCCGGCGGCACGGCAUGAGGGUGCUGGUGGUGGAGCGGGACCCCACGUAUUCCCAAGCUUCCACGGUGCUGUCGGUGGGGGGGAUCCGGCAGCAGUUUUCCCUCCCGGAAAAUAUCCAGAUGUCCCGCUACUCCGCCAGCUUCCUCCGCGACAUCAACGAGCACCUCGGGGUCCCCAGCGAGCCCCCCAUCGACAUCCAGUUCCAGCCUUCGGGGUACCUCUUCCUCGCCCCCCCGCAGGGCGCUGCCACGCUGGAGGCCACCGUCCAGCUCCAAAGGGAGGAAGGGGCGCAGGUGGCCCUGCUGUCCCCCACCCAGCUGAAGGCAAAAUUCCCCUGGAUAGACACGGAGGAGGUGGCCCUGGCGUCUUACGGUCUGGAGGAUGAAGGCUGGUUCGACCCCUGGACCCUCCUCAACGCUUUCCGGCGCAAAGCCAUAUCCCUGGGGGUCCAGAGCUGCUCCGGGGAGGUGCGAGGUUUCAUCACCUCGGCUUCGGACACGAUGCCACCGCAGGGACCGACGCCGCUCACCGCCCGCAUCAAAUACGUCCACAUCCACGUGCCGGACAGCCUGGAGUACCAACCGGUCGCCUGCGCCAUCGUGGUCAACGCCGCCGGCGCCUGGGCCGGGCAGCUGCUGGAGAGGGCCGGGCUGCCGGGGGGGCUGUGCCCCCCCCUGCCCAUCCAACCCAGGAAGAGGUAUGUGUACUCCUGGCACUGCCCCGACGGCCCCGGCUUCUCCUGCCCCUUCCUCAUCGACACCACCGGCGCUUAUUUUCGCCGCGACGGCAUCGCCGGCAACUACCUGGGUGGCAUGAGCCCCCCCGAGGAGGAAGAGCCGGAUCCGGGCGAUCUCUCGGUGGAUCACGAUUAUUUCCAGGAGCAAGUCUGGCCCAAGCUGGCUCGUCGCGUCCCGGCUUUCUCAUCCCUCCGUCUCCGGAGUUCUUGGGCGGGCUACUACGACCACAACGCCUUCGACCGCAACGGGGUGCUGGGGCCUCACCCCAACUUAGAAAAUCUCUUUUUAGCUGCCGGUUUCAGUGGCCACGGGCUACAGCACGCACCCGCCGCCGGCCGGGCGGUGGCCGAGCUGGUGGUGAAGGGCCGGUACGAGAGCUUGGACCUGCGGAGGUUGGGGUGUAGGAGGCUGGUGGAGGGGGAACCGCUGGAGGAGGACGGGGUGGUGUGAUGGGGGGGGACGGGG